AUGGCGCAUCAUUCGCUCAAUCAGUACCUCACUAAAGUAGAACAUGCCUUUAGGAAAGAUGAUGGUUUAACUGCAGCUACAUUGUUUUCUUUUAAACAUCCACAUGUCGCAAACCGACGUCUCCAACUGGAAAAACCAGAAGCCGAUUGUCAGAAUUUUUUUGACCCACCAUUUGAUGAAUUGGUAGCUGCACAUCUCAAAUGCUGCUGGGCUGUAGCCAACAAUGAUUUCCUUAGUGCUUAUGGCUGCCAAGCAUUGGUUGUCCAAUAUCCUUUUGUAGUUUGUUUAGAUCUACGACGUUUUGCUAUUCGAGCUGAUGCUCAAACAGUGAAGAAAGGCAAGGGCAAAAGUGGAGAGAAGCUAGAAAAAGCAGCUGAGCUUUUGAUGGGCUGCUUCAGAGUGUGUGCUAGUGACAGUCGUGCUGCAACAGAAGAUUCAAAGAAAUGGGGAAUGCUCAAUUUAGUGAAUCAGUUAUUCAAAAUCUACUUCAAGAUCAAUAAACUUCAUUUGUGUAAACCUUUGAUUCGAGCCAUUGAUAGCUCUCCUUUAAAAGAUCGGUUUAGUCUUUCACAACUUGUUACUUACAGAUUUUUUGUAGGAAGGAAAGCUAUGUUUGAUAGUGACUUCAAAGCAGCCGAAGAAUACCUUACCUUUGCUUUUGAGCGUUGCCAUAAAGAAAGUCGAGGGAACAAGAGGCUUAUCCUUAUUUACUUGUUACCUGUAAAAAUGUUGUUGGGUUACAUGCCCAAAGUGGUUGUGCUGAAAAGAUAUGAUUUGAUGCAAUUUGCUGAUGUGGCCAAAGCUGUAAGCUCAGGCAAUUUGUUGUUGCUGAAUGAAGCUUUACAACGUAAUGAAGCAUUUUUCAUCAAAUGUGGAAUUUACCUGAUUCUUGAGAAGCUGAAAAUCAUUACUUACCGUAAUCUCUUCAAGAAAGUCUAUUUGAUCCUAAAAAGCCAUCAGUUGCCCAUUGAAUCCUUUACAACAGUUCUUAAAAUGAUGCAGGUGGAAGACAUUGAUAAUGAUGAGACCGAAUGUAUUUUGGCAAAUCUGAUUUAUGAAAACAAAGUCAAGGGUUAUAUUUCACAUCAACACCAGAAGCUGGUUGUGAGCAAGCAGAAUCCGUUCCCAGUUCUCUCAUCAGUGCUUUGA